CACCAUCUCAGUUUCAUUACCAAAAUACUCAAGAGCGCACAGUAUCUUAUCUUCUUAAUGAAAAGCAAAUAUUUGAAAUUAUUAUUUGAUCGUAUUGGCAGAGUAAAAUAUCGCUAAUUUCUAGUGGUUUGAUAAAUAUUAGUCUAAUACUUGCCGUGUUUGUGUGUUUAUUGUCGCCAAAGAUUAGGUUGUAACCAUGUGUAAACUAGUUUCUAUAUACUACAAGAUGGUUCUCAAAGUCGAAACAGAACCUCCCGAGGAAACCAAACCCAUUUUGGAAUCCAACGCUUCAAGCGAAUCAGACUACAGUGAAGCAAAGCUACAAGAAGCGUACAGACAUCUUUCCCUGUCAAUGAAAGCUGGCCCACUGUCGAUAGACAAACCCAUCAUAGCCCUAAACCUCUUCUCGACUGCAGUCAAAGUACAGAACGUGCCAUUAGCAAAGCAAUGCAUAGAAAUCCUCAACAAUCAUCUCAACAACUCAAACGUCUUGCUCAUCCUACGCCAUAUGACUAAAUGCAUCUCAGAAUACAAAAACAUAACUGUCGAUCCCUUCGAUUUAGAACCUUCAGCGCCACCUAUCGUAGAAGAAGAAUACGAAGGCAGCGGGGACUGGGUGCAAGAUCUCGUCGAUAACCUAAGGAACAACUGUCUUCUGGAGAUCGAUAAGAACGCGGACUUGGUCAUGAAGCAAAAAGAAAUUCUAAACCUUACCUACUGUGAUAUUUUAACUAUAACCACCAGGGACUCAUUGCAGGUCUCUAGUGAAAUUCUGGUGUACAGCACAAUCAUGAAGUGGUGCAUUGAGGAAUGUAAGAGAAGGACUCUGGAAACCCAUCCAAUCAAUUUAAAGGCUGUGCUCAGGCAACUCAUAUAUGCUCCACGAUACGGACUUAUGACGAAAAAAGAAUUUCUCUGCCGGACGAUAGACGGUGUCAAAGGCCCUGACCGUAGCGGGAUGCUAGACGAAGCGGAAACCGAAAGGAUACUGGAAUACAUAAGAAAAAAAGGUAAAAACAAACCCUUGGAUGAACUGCCGCACAAAGGAGGAACACCCAGAAAAGCCGGACACGAGAAACCUUGGAAGUUUCAAUCUGCGAGUAGUAAAGAUAGCAAUUGCUCGACUAAGUCUAGUUGCGACAAGUUCAUCAUCAAUUUCCUCACAUGCUGGACUGCUGUAUUCGACUGAACUCUUUUCUAUCAUUCACUAGUUUUGAGAUGUUAGAUUUACACUAUUCGUGAUUUUAUAAGCUGUAGUAGAGAGAGGUAGAGAAUAUUAUUGGAGACUCCGGUGCUUUCCCUGAAUAAUGUCAAAGAUCGACUCAAGGGAUUUCUCAAAGGAGUCAGAAAAUAUACGAAAUUAUGCAAUGGUAUUGUUUGCCAGAAUUUUUGAUAUGAGGACAGGCUGAGGAAGCUAAAUAUAUGGGACAUGAAAUGAGGAUUAUAAAGUAUUUUCAUAUUUAUUUAUUUCUAAAGUUUUUCCUUAUAUUUUAUAAUGUAAAUGAAUUAUCAAUUGGAACGGUUGCCUCUUAUAUUGCAUGGUCUUCUAUGGCUUUAAUUUUUAAAUAUUUUUACAAUUAAUAUCACCCCCUAAUGCUAUCUUCCAAGUAUCUCUGAUCCAUGAAGUUGCUCUACAGAGUUAAUACUAUUUUCUUGUGUUUUUCUUUAAGACAACUUUUUUCUUUCCUAGUUGUUACGUAAAUAUGAUCCACGUUUGAUAUACGCUAUUUCAUUUCUACUUUUAUUUCACCAGUAUAUAUACGAUGCAUUUCUCUUGCAUGUUCUACCAGAACUUGCUAGAUGAGCUCUUGCUCUUACCACUCUCGUCCAUGUGUUUCGAGGUUUCACCUCUCGUCAGGAAGACUUGUAGUAGCUCGAAUUGAAAUAAUAUAGUUUAUUUAGACUACCAGACCUGCUGUUUAUUUAGACUUAAGAUAUAGGUGGAAUAAAUAUCACCGUUAUUAUUGGAUCUACACUAUAUACGUGCACUAAAAACUACAAUUUAAAACAGAAGAUUUAAAGUAUUUAUGUCUUUUAUUAUAUUUUAGCAUGUCCCGUUAUUCAGCCUCUUCUUUUUAAUUAACAACUAACUACAAGACAAAAAUGUGAUAGAAUAUCGGAAAUAAAAUACUGAAGUAAAAAAAAUAACAAUAUUAAUAUUUUCGUUUGUAAUCUUGGAUAUCUAUGAUAUAGAUGAUAAUCAUUUAAUCUCUAUGAUUCGUAAUAAGCAAAAAUCUAUUUAGUCGAUGGCUUAUUUACAAAAUAAAUAAUUAUUAUUAUAUAUUAUACAGUUACAAAUAUUUCUAGUCUGAUUUGGCAACUACGGAAUUUACGAGUUCAUUUUUGAAAUUAUAAUAGAGGAGGAUUACUAGAAUAAAAGAAUUCAUAACUAUGUAUAUUAUAUGAAAUAAAUGAUACAAAUUUCUAGGUUGACGUAUGAGAAGAAGAUUUGUGAAAAAACGUAUCCUUAAUUUCUAGGCUGAUUUGUGGUAAAUAGAUAAGAACUCAAUAUCCAGUCCUAACAUUUUUUCAAAAUCUAUAUCCCAGACAUUACUCUAGUUUUUUUAGUUUUUAUAGUUUUUUUGUAAGCAUUAUAUUAACCAUAGAAAUGAAGAAGAAGUGAUUUCUUGCUUACAUGUAGUUAUGAAUCAUCUUUAAAAACGAUUUAAAAUGGUAAAUUCUCCUCCAUUGUUUAAAAUUGUACAUAAUAAAAGGCAGAAAUAAAAAAUAUUACUAAAAAGUCUGUAGGUGCCAAAUCUACCAUAACCGUAGGUUACGAUAUUUUGAGUAACCUUAAACCGUUGUUACUUCUCGGGUUUGUAAAACCGUACUCCUCUCAAAGUGUGUUCCAAAUAUAUGUUAAUAUUAUUCAAUAAUACAGUCUAAUCUAAUUUGGAAUUAGUACCACUUUUUCGCCUCAUUCCUUUAGAAGUACAGACCUUCUUAGGCAUUGCAAACCGAAAAUUUUCUCCCUUGACUGUUGACCGCUACAAGCAACAGAAGUGCAAUGAUAACUCUCUUUUGUUCUGACCCUCUGACGCUCUGUUCUAUCAUCUGUUGUAUUCCCCAAAAAGUACCGCGAAACGCUCUCUGUUGUGCUGACCUCCAUAUGCAACAGACGUGCAAUAAAUCUCUCCGAGAUACCGGUUCCCGUAUAGUACAACCCGAAAAUACCGCGAAUCUCGUUGCUUUAUCUUAACGGUUUUUACUAGUUUUGUCCAAAGACACCUGAUCUAUAACGCUGGGCAGUGUUAGAUCCAUCAGUGAACCAUACUAAGUCCCCAUUAAUAUUUGAGACUUUUUGAUGGUAUAAUUGUGUUGAUCUUCUCAGUGAAGAUUAGUUCUGGUGGCAUAUCAGAGUGUAUCAUAAUAAAUAUGGAUUCCUCAAGUAUAAUCCCAAUAGUAUUUGCGAGGCUAUUCAAUACAUUCUUCGAAAUUAGGUAUUGUUUGCUUUAAAUCUCAGUAUGUUCUUAAGGGCUACCGCCGAAAUAAUAUUUAAUUCCAGGGGAGAAUACCUGUGAUAGGCUCUAAAGAUAUCGUUUCUGAACUAUUUAAGGUUCUUGUUUCCUUAUGCAUCACCAUAACUAACUAUCGGUCGUAUCACUGAUGUGUAUAACCAACAGAUUUCCUUUAGAAGAAACGUUUAGCACUAUUGAUUUUAUUGUUAAUAUUGAGUACUCCAAUUGAGUUUUGAAUCCACGAUUAUCCCUAGUUACUUGACAUCAUUGGUUCUUUUUAGUUCCUCCCCAGAUAAUCUCACUCUUAAUCCAGUAAGCUUCUUCUUCUUAGUGAAGGCUGCUAAUUUAGUUUUGGAAGGGUCUGGAGAGAGCUUCUCCAGAAGGGCUGGUAAUGAAGGGUAUAUCGCAUCUGAUCCGCGAUUUUUUCCCUAGUCACUUUUGCAAUAUUGUCUGCCAAAAUCUGGACCCAGCUAUUCAGCCAAUCGCUUCCACUGCUGCACAUAGACCUCCCUCAGUUUCUUCCAAUAUUCUCUAUACAGGGUCUGUUGUACGUAUGAUAUUUGUUUAAUGGCGUUAUAAAGAGAAAUAGAGAGAAAACGAAAAAAUCUGAAAGAGAGAAAGUGGUACAAUUUUCAGAUUAGACUAAACUAAUAUUAAAAUCAAUUCAGAUUGUCCCAUAUUGUUCUAUUUAUACUUAAGGUAUCGAUAUUAAUGUUGUUUGGUUGGUAACAAGAGAAUUCGGUCUAUAGAAUAUAAUAAAAUACAGGAUUUGAGAUGUAAUCCACGCCUGUAGUAAAAAAAUUAAUCAUAUUAUAUAAAGUAUUGGUAAAAACAAUAAUUAUACUAUAUUUUAUAUUGGAAUCGAAUUUAAGGCCAGAUGUAGUGGAUAAAACGUAUAAUGUAGCAGCUGUUUCUUAGUUAACAAAUGCAAAAUGUAUAUUUAGGGCAAAAUAUGAACUUUAUAUAAUAAUAGCACCUUUUUAAUAGAAUCUGUGAUCUAAAUGACAGCUGGUACAUCUAUAUUUGAGUAAAACUUGUCAUUUUUAAGACACAGAUACUUUAUGCUGCUCUGUCUAUAAUAGUUCUAUUAGAGUGAGAGAGUUUCAUAAAUUUAGGAAGGUCUUAGGAGGUUAUAUUUAAAAAUCUAUAUUUUCAAGACAUUUAUACAGUGAUAUGUAUUAUGAUUCAAAAUAUUUACAUACAAUAUCUCAAUAAGCUCAGAGGAAUAAGAAGCUCAGAAGCCUGGAAAAUUGUGAAAUCAUUACGAACAAACUGGAAAGAGAAAACUUUUAUACAAUACAUACAGGGCAUACGAGUGGGAGAACCACUAUAAAAAUUUACUGAUAGAAACCAAAAACCAGAAUCCAGAAUUGAUGGAGAUGAGAAAAAAACAAUGAUCCCAAAGGUGAAAAAAAUAGUCAUAACCGACAAAGAGAUGGAACAAGCAAUAAAUUCCAUGAAGAACAAUAAAGCUGGAGGACCAGGAGGAAUUGUGGCGGAGCUAAUGAAAUAUGGAAUAGAGAAAUUAAGAAGAAUGAUAAGGCGAAUCUUGGAAAGAGCAAUAAUGUAGAGGACAUUUUUAAACAAUGACAGGAAAUCUAUAUAACAUCGAUAUAUAAGAAAUAAAAUAAAAAACUGCGAGAAUUACAGGGGAGUAAGCGUCAUCGCUACAAUGGGAAGACUAUAUGGCAGGGUCCUCAGCAACAACAUAGAGAAAAGUAUAGAAGGUAAAAUAGAUCAAGAGCAAGCAUGAUUCAUAGCAGGAAAAUCUUUUCAAGAUGCUAUCUAUAUAAUACAAUAAACAAUAGGGAAGAAAAUAGCUAAAACAGAGAUGUGCACAUGGCGUUUGUACACCUUAGAAAGGAAUACGACACCGUGCCAAGGAAAGAACUAUAUAAAGCAAUGGUACAAAAAUUAGGGAUACCAGCUUACCUAACACAAACAAUCAAGAACAUAUACAGGGGAAAUGAAGUACAUAUAAAAAUCGAAAACAGGAUACUUGCCAACUACAAAACAACAAAAGGGCUACUACAGGGAUGCCCAACGUCAUUAACUCUAAUUAAAAUAUUUUUAGAACACUCACUAACAGCUUGUAAGUCAAAAUGUAUGAGUAUCGGAAUACCGAUAAGGGACGAUUAUCUCUACACAUUGUGCUUCGCAGACAACCAGUUACAAUUACAUGGUCAGAAAGCUAAAAGAGAAGUACAGAAAGGUAGACCUGGAAAUACAUAUGAAGAAAACGAAAUAUUUAGCAAUAUCGGAAGAAGAAGUCAAAAAUUGGGAAAUGAAGAUCGCGUAGAAGUAAAAAUAAGAAAAAAUUGAAAUAUUUGAUUUUUAUAAUGUCGAAAAAUGCAAGAACUGAAGAAGAGAUAUAAAAUAGAUAUACAUCUCAAAUUUGUCACUGUUUUAUGUAGAUUUCUAUUCGAAACUUGAAGAAGUAAAAUGGUACUAAUGGCCUUCUUUAUUAAUUUCCAAAAAAUGUAUUAAUUGAAAAUGAAAAUACCAUACAUAAAAAGUGACUAUAUUUUUUAGUGAGAUUUUUAGUAUUUUAUUGAUUAUUUAUCUGUCUUAAGAAUGACAUAGUUUACUAAAAAAUAUUUAUCAUAUUUUUUUAAAUAUGUAAUCUAUCUAUCAUAAAAUGUAUAAUACAAUUUUUCUAUUUAGAAGCAAAAAAAUGUUUUAGUAAAAUUUUAUACAAGGUAUUUUAUAAUUCUAGUAUGUUUAGAUGCCGAAGAGAAGUACUUUAGAACAACACUAAAAGAUACUGUACUGUUAUUUUUUUAUUUACACUUAUUUUAAUUUAUUUACAGUCUCCUAACACGAAGAGUAAAAACAUCAUUCUUCUUCUUCUUCUUCUUCUUCUUCUUCUUCUUCUUCUUCUUAUAUUAGGCCUCUUGGCCUGUUCUUAACCGAUUUUGAGCUUGUAUUCGUAGCUGUGAUGUUGACUGCCAGCUAUCUCGCCACCUUUUAAAGAGCCUUCCUAUUGGUCUCUUGCCUGUUGGCUUCGAAUCUCUGGCUAUACUAUACGGGCUAUCCUCUCGCUGUCCAUUCUCGUCACAUGCUGAUUCCACUCUCGUCGUCUCUGUCUUCCCCACCGUACUAUAUCUUGUAUGUUACAGAGAUCUCUUAUUCUGUCGUUGGGUAUUCUGUAUCUCAGUGUUUUCCCAGUUAUUGACCUCAACGUUCUUAUUUCUGAUGUUCUCAGUAUCCUCUUGGUUUCUGCUGUGUCACAUCUUGUUUCUAUCGCGUGCGUCAUGAUCGGUCUUACACAUGAUUUAUAUAUGCGUACUUUAACUUCCAGCCUCAUAUCUUUAUUUCUCCAGAUGACAUCCCUCACACAUCCUGACACGUAAUUGGCUUUAUGGGCAGUGGCGUAGCUAGCCCCACAGGGGCCCCAUAUCAAAGUUUGUCGCGGGGCCCUUUUCCACCACUGAUAUGGCAUAGCACUAACAAAUUUUUUUAACAAAACUAGCAAAAACGCUUGUAUAGAAUAGAAUAGAAAUAUGCUUUAUUAGUCCUGUCGCCAGGGGGGGUACAACGGCCUCCUGUAUUCAGAUGGACUUACCCAAGUUUUUUUUAUGUAUUUUGACCUGUAGAACACGAAUUUUUUGGGUAACAGUUGAUCCGGAUGUCGAUAACAUUGUUAUAAACCAAGAAGUUGAGGAAUCACAUAACAGCGAUUUCUCGCAAAACAAAACAGUUUUUUGUAUUUUUUGGGCCAUUCUAACCAAAAAAUGUUCCUACAAAUUUUUUCGUAGGAUGCACAGUUUUCGAGAUAAACGCGGUUAAACUUUCAAAAAAUCGAAAAAUUGCAAUUUUUGAACCCGAAUAACUUUUGAUUAAAAAAUAAAAUAGCAAUUCUGCUUACCGCAUUUGAAAGUUCAAGUCAAAUUAUAUCGGUUUUAAUUAUUUGUAUUGCUAAAAAUUUAUUAUUUUAUUGUUAAAAAAGCUAUAAACACCUAGUGCUUGAGUGAUGUUUUUAAUGAUUUCUCAUUUAAAAUCGAACGAGUAGGUAGAAGAGGUAAAAGUGCAAGCGAGGCUAUUUCUACGUAGCAUGCAUUAAAACGCAUGUAUUAGGCACGGGAAACACUAUGCGUUUAUAGCUUUUUUUAACAAUCAAAAAAUAAAUUUUUAACAAUGCAAAUAUUCAAAACAGAUAUAAUUUGACUCAAACUUUUAAAGGCGGUAAGCAGAAUUGCUAUUUUAUUUCUUAUUCAAAGGUUAUUCGGGUUCAAAAAUUUCAAUUUUUCGAUUUUUUGAAAGUUCAACCGCGUUUAUCUCGAAAACUAUGCAUCCUACGAAAAAACUUGUAGGAACAUUUUUGGGUUAGAAUGACCCAAAAAAUACAAAAAAAUGUUUUGUUUUGCGAGAAAUCGCUGUUAUGGAAUUCCUCAACUUCUUUGUUUAUAACAAUCUUAUCGACAUCCGGAUCAACUGUUACCCAAAAAAUUCGUGUUCUACGGGCCAAAAUACGUAAAAAAAACUUGGGUAAGUCCAUCUGAAUUAAGAAGGCCGUUGUACCCCCCCUGGCGACAGGACUAUAUUGUCACUGAAAGUUUUACAAUUUUAUGGACAAAGCUAGAAAGAUUAGGAAAAAACAAUAACAAAUACAGUUACUGAAAUUACAAAAAUCGUCAAUAUUAUUAAAAAAUAAAAGAUAAUGAAAUAAAACAAAACAAUACAGGGUGUUUCAUUAAUAAUUAGAAAUGUUUUAACUGUAGAUUCCUGGGCUCAAAAUAUUAAGGAUUAACCCAAAUCACCUACUCCGAAAAUGUAAAUGUCUGACUUCUAAGGGAGCUGGAGUUCUUUGAAGAUGGUGACUUUCAAUCAGUUUUUUAAAUACCUUUAGAACACUUCUAUUUAGAAAAACGAAAACUGGUACGUCUAUUUAUCUUCCAGAGAUAAAUCGAUUUCAUAAAUUGUGAAUUUCUAGUACCGGUCAUAUGCGUCCUCUUUGGGUAGGGCAACGAUUAUUUUAUCGCAUAACUUUUUUGUCCUGACUUUUAAGCAUUUUUGACGCUGGAUUAUUAAAUCGUGAGGUAUUCUAGUACUAAAAGUUACUCUUACUUUUAGUCGGUCGGAUACACCGUCUUCUAUAAACAUCGAUUUGAAAAUGAUUCGUUUUUUGAAUUUGAACAAAAUUUGAAAAAAAUUUCAAAAAAACGGUGUAUUUUACCAACCUAAAGCAAGAGAAACUUUUAGUACUAGAAUACCUCAUAAUUUACUAAUCUAGUGUCAAAAAUGCUUCAAAAUUAAACACACAAAAAAUAAUGCGAUAAAAUAACAGUUAACCUACCCAAAACGGACGAAUAAUAUGAUCGGUACUAGAAAUUCGCAAUUGAUGAAAUCGAUUCAUCUCUGGAAUAAACGUACCAAUUUUCGUUUUUUGUUUUUGGGUUAAAUCUUAAUAUUUGGGCCCAGGAAUCUACAGUUAAAUUAUUUCCAAUUCUUAAUGAAACACUCUGUAUAUUGCAAAAUUUAAAUAAAUUACAAAUAGCAUAAUCUUAGAAACUAAUAAGUUCUGCGUAUAAAAGCCAAAUAUAGAUAAUAAUAAUAAACCUAAUAAACUCUAAUAAACCAAAGUCGAAAAAUAGAUUUGAAUUUUCGAGACUCGUUUUAAAAACAGAUUCGGUUUUUGUCAAGCCAAGGGUAAAUGGACAUAGAAAAUGAACGUAUAGUAAACAAAAAAGCUCUUUACUUUAAGAGGAUCGGUACGUAUCUACGGCUGCAAUGCAAUUCAAAUGGGGAUUCAUUUUUUUCGAAUCCUGAGAAAACUAAUAAGUAUUUUUGAAAAAUUUAAACGCAGAAUGAAAGAUCACGUUAUUAGCGAGGGCCGAAAGUCCCUGAGAACUUCUAUAAUGUUUAUUUUAAUAAGUUACAGGGGUGAAAAACUAAGAGAAAAUUUAGUGUGAUUUUUAAUUUCAAAUAUAUCAUUCAAAAUAAACUUUUUAUUUAUUCUAAGGGACUUUCGGCCCUCGGUAAUAAUUUAGUCUUUCAUUCUACGUUUAAAUUUUUCAAAAAUAUUUAUUGGUUUUUUUAGGAUUCGAAAAAAAUAAACACAAUGCCGUGGUAAUAUUUUCCAAAUCUAUCUUUGUCUUACAACGCACUCAGCCGAAUAUAAUAUUGUCAGCAUAUAUUGUCAGUCAGACACUGACAAUCAGUGACAAUUUUAAAUAUUUGACAUUGCAUCGGGAAUAUGUUGAGUUAUUGAUUAAAUUUUAUUGAAAUAUAGUGUAUUUGAUAAAUAAUUGAUUUAAGACGUGAACUUAAUAAAAAGUUAUUUAUUGUGUAUAUUCUUUGUGGAAGAUCCAAGCAGAGAAUACAUCGGGAUAAUAUAUUCUGUGAUCCAAGUAUUUUGUUGUUAAAGAUGUUCAAAAUUGUAAGCGUUCCAUAACAAUAUCUUAUUAAAAAAUCAUUUUAACACUUUUCCUCUUUUCUCGAUUGAGUAUUAGUCUUUGUUGUACAAACAAAUUAUUACAAUCACUGAAUACAUAGUUAGUGAAAAAAUUAUCACAUUUAUUAACUGAAUUAAUAAUUUCCAAUUAUAAAAAUAACAGUUAUCCAAGAACAUUCAAAACCCAUCUCUUGAAAUUAAUAAUGACAUUUUCAAGUAGAAUGACAUUCUAGUAAUGUUUACAUGUCCAUACCAGUGUGAAUUUUACUACGCGUAAUUUGCCGUGUAAAGACAGAAAAAGUAGGGAUACACGUAAAAUAUUUGCGAAUUAUGUACCCAUAGCCUUAACGGCAAACACUUAGAUAUACCUAAAUACAAUUUAUAGAUAAAGAACAGAUUACACGAAAAUAUACGCAUAAUACACAGUGUUUCAAUGUUUCAAAUAUUCAAAGGUAAAGUGAUUACAAAUAUUCCAAUGUGGCAUUAUACACUAUAAAAUGUUUCACAUACAACCAACGCAACGGUGAAUAGACAAUAAAAAGUAGCUUGAAAACAAAAAAGCUCUGUAGUUAUAGAAAGGCGAGAGGCAGAAAAUAGAUAGGUACCUGUACCUACAUAAAUAUAGUUUGUAUACCUAAAUAUAUAGUUUAUAUAUAAAGUAUCCAUUUCAAACAAUAUAACACUGUUCAAAGCGUUUUAAUAGUGAAAUAAUUAUUGUAGAAUAUUUUGUUCAAUUUUCUGAAUGGAAUUUUGUGUCAACUUGCCACGCUGGGGCCCCUGAAUGUCAGGGGCCCCGUAUAAUUGAUACGGCUGAUACGGCGGUAGCUACGCCUCUGUUUAUGGGCUUGCUUUCGGACGCUCUCUUUAACAUCUCCAUAACUACAUAUUUCGACUCCCAGAGAUUAGAAUCUCGGGACUUGUUCAAUUAGUUCGUCGUUAGUUACUAAUUUGCAUCAAAUGGGUUCCCUUGACACUACCAGGGAUUUUGUCUUAGCUGCUGAUAUUUUCAUGCUGUAGUUCUUCGCCACUGUAUUGAAAGUUUGUGCCAUUCGCUGUAGGUUAUCCUCGUUGUCGGAGAUUAAGAUUGCGUCGUCAGCGUAACAGAGGAUUUUUAUUUGUUUUUCUGCCAUAUUAUAUCCUUUUCCAGUACUUUUAAUGUUUUCUAUGAUUUUGUCCUUUACUAAAUUAAAAGGCAAUGGGCUCAAGCUAUCCCCUUGUCGAAUUUCCGAGUUAAUUUCUACUUCCGAUGUUAGUUCAUUCUUGACUUUUAUUCUGGUUUUGUUCUUCGUAUUGAUGUCUUUAAUUAUCCAUAUCCUCUUGUUGGGCUGAUUUUUCUCCUUUAGCAAUCUUAGCACAUCUUCUAACCUUACACAAUCGAAGGCUUUAGUCAGAUCUAUAAAGCACAUAAAUGCAGGUUAAUUAUAUUCCAGUGCUUUCUCAGCAAUUUGUCUGGCUAUGAAUAUGGCGUCUAUUGUAGACCUAUUUUUCCGAAAUUAUUUUCUAAAAUCCUAAACACAAAAUUAAUUUAUAGUAAUAUUUAUUACUUAACGGUACAAAUUUAUUUUUUAGACUAACUCUCUACAAUUUCAUUUUUCUUGUUAAUACCUAGUGCCGAUGCUUCUAUAGAUCUCUGGACCCUGGUGAACGUUACUUCGCACGCUUUUCCAUCAACAUAGCUGUCUGGCUAGCACUAUUCAUAUUAGUAUUUGCCCUAUAAUAUCCCCUUAUAUUUGCAUAGUGUUUCAAAUAGCAAUAAUUUUUUUUAGUAAACCCAUUUUUUAUUAUAAUUUUAAUUUUUUUGUGUUUUUGUACUUAAAAAAUGUUUAAUCUCUUGUGUUUUGAGGUACUCCUCUUUGGUUUUGAUGUGAAUUGAAAAGUAAGAUGUACUUAUUUGAUGGUUCGGUAAAGGUAGUGUAAUAGAAACGCUAGCACAAGUAUCUUAUUUGUACCUUUAUUAAUUUCGAUAUAUUUACUACCUAUUGCCCGUCAGAUUGGUUAGUUCCUAUGGAGCUUGUCAUUUUAUUAUACUGCGUAUAUGUAGCUAAUUUUUUUACUAAUUUUAACGACUUAUAUUUACAAGUUUUGUAAUUACUAAUCGUGACAAGACAUCCCGUAACGCGACAGUUCGUAACACUACAAUUCAAAACUAUAACUAUUAGUAACGGUAUUUACGAACUGUCCGUUACGAAUUUGUGGGGUUACGAACUGUCGCGUUACGAGAUGUCUUGGAACCAUUACUAACAUAUCGUUUUUCUUAGCAAGCUAAUUUAGAAAUUGUUUAAAAAGAGAUAUAUUUUUAGUCUAGAUAAAUCUAAAAUUUAUAAAUUUGUUGUUGCAAAAGCUUGUAAGGAAAAACUUGAUUUUGUGUUCUUGUUGGUAGUAUUGUCCACUUUUGUUAUGUUUCUAGUCACUAUAUUUUAGAUUUUAUUAUUUUAGAAUUAAUUGACAAAAAAGGCAUUUACUUAAAAAUAUUGCUCAAAUGGCACCAAAAAUGAGACAAUACUGGAACCUUGCAGAGCAUUUUACAACAUUCAUUACUUUAUCAUAUAAUCCCAGUUAUAGAAAUUAGUAAACGAAGAGACUAAGAAUAUUUUAACCAGUCAGGCUGAUUACAGAAGAAGAAAAGAAUAAAUAAGAAAACAAACAUAAGUAAAAAUCAUCGAAGUAAGCAAAUGGUAAUGUUAAAGAGAUAUAGGAACCAUAAAACAACAAAAGCUGAGAAAUUGCAAAAAAGAUUACAAACGAAGUAAAAACACUGAUUAUAAAGAACUGUUUGAUGGUGAAUGCAAAAAAGUAUACAGGAACAACAAAGGCACAGAAAAAUUAUAAUCAACGAAACUUAACUUCAAUAAAGAAGUAAAAAAUGUGUCCAGGAGGGCUCAAGAAAGAAGAUACAAGACAAUGAGUGAUAAAGCAUACAGUUUUAGUAAUUGAACUUAAACAAUGGAUAAAUCAGAACAAGAUUGGGAAGGACAGAGAAGAAACCAUUGCAAAACUAAAGGACCGAAUAUUUUGGUAGUUAAUCAAUAGUAGAAGGGCAUAUCCAAACCAAAACAAAAACUGAUUUACGAAUAAACACCAAACAUCUAAGCGUUCGCCCUAUACAUGGUUUUUGUCGAUUUCGAUCGUGCCUAUGACAGUUUUUCUCAUGCCACUAGAUUGAAAAUUGUAGAGCUCUACAAAAAAUAAUUUCCAUUAUAAAGUCACUGUAAGCUGAGGUGAAAUGCAGCGUGACACACAAUAGGAUAAACAGUGACGAAUUUAAUGUACUUAUUGGAGUCAGACAGGUAUGCGUGCUUUCUCCGUUUCUUUUUAACAUAACGGUGGAUUAUUUUCUCUCUAAAUUAUACUCCGACACAAGAGGGAUACAACGGACGUUAACCACAUGCCUAAGCGAUCUAGAAUACGCCGACGAUAUCUGCCUAUUAGGUCAAAUGUGCCAAGAUGUGGCUGACUUGUUAGAAACACUCGCCUCUUAAGACAAUAAAAUAGGUUUGAAAAUCAAUAUUAAUAAAACCAAAUCCAUGAGAAUAAAUUCAAUGAACAUACUAUUUACUAUUAACAACAUUCGAAUUGAAAAUGUAGAAAAUUUGAUGUAUCUUGGGAGUAUCAUAAGAGAAAGUGGAGAUACAAAAGAUGAUUUUAACUAUUUACAAUGGGAAAUAAGCCACAAUAUUAUUAAAAAAUGAUUUUUAUUAACGUUUCGACGCCCAAAUCGGGUCCAAAUACUAUUGUAUUUUGUAUUUUGGCAACGGCACCCGAUUUGGGCGUGGAAACGUUAAUAAAAAUCAUUUUUUAAUAAUAUUGUGGCUUAUUUCCCAUUGUAAAUAGUUAAAAUUGUAAAAAAUGCCACAAGAAAAUAGCUUCAGAAUAACAAAAGAUGAUAAUCGUAUGAGGAUACGUAUGAGCUUAACAAGCAUUUAGCAACCUUAACCCUGUUUGGAGGUCGGGCCAGUAUCCUACAAAGACAAAGAUCCGAAUGUUCCAAUCAAAUGUCAUAUCUGUUCUAUUCUACGGAUGUGAAAUCUGGAAAGUGACAAAAACGCUAACAGACAAACUGCAGGUCUUUGCUAAUAAAUGACUACGAAGACCUGUUCGUAUUUUCUGGAAUAACAUCAUCAGAAACGAAGGUCUGCUACACCUGACCGAACAAAAGAAAGAAGAAAAUGAAAUUAAGUCCAGAAAGUGGGGCGGAUCUAUCACACACUCCGAAAAAAUAGCUCCAGCAUUCAAAGACUACCCUCUAGAGUGGAAUCUUCAAGGAAAAAGAAAACGAGGUCGUCAAGCACAAACUUGGAGAAGAUCUAUCAUGGACGAUGUAAGCGGUAAAGGAAAGUCUUGGAAUGAGGUGAAGGCCUUAGAGCAUAUUAGAACUUGAUGGCGCGUUUUCACUGAAACUCUAUGCUCUACUUAGGAGUUCAACAACCUCAUUAAACAUCGUACCAAAUAAAUGUCUUAUAUUAUUUAAGAACUUUCUUUAUAUUUUUGUACUCGAAAAGUGGACAAGACUCCAUUAUUAAUAAUCUGUGAUGUUUAGUUGUAUUAACAAUAAUUUUUGUUCUCAUUGGUGUGAUACACUUGUUAGGCAUUGUUGAGAUGGACCUAUAAAUGUUGAUAAUACGGAAUUUAUAUUGUUGUUGAAAAUAUUAUGUAUACUAAUAUCGGUUUAGAGAAAUUUAUGGAAAUUUAUAGGCAAAGGAUAUAUAACGGAUGGAUAUGAAAUAUCACGAUAUGUAUUAAGAAAGCAGAAUGUCAUUGUACAGUUUUUUUAGGCUGUGUUAGUCGAAUAAAUAUAAAUAAAAAUAUAAA